CCGUUAUAUAAUCAUCAACUGGUUUUAUUUUAGUGGGUGUAUUCAUUAUCACUGAACACAGUAUCUCAGAAGCAUUGUUGACUUAUCAACAGAUCAAAUGAUGUUACGGACUAGCCCUGAACCACACAUGACGGAGGCUGUUGUCUCGGACGCAUCAGUAAUUAUAUUGACAGGACAUUUAAAGUCGUAAUAGCCCCGGAUUAAGUUACUUACAGGAGCUCUAUCAGAUCCCAGGAGCUCUUCCCGGCUUUCUUACUCUCACUUCGCCAAACAUGGGUCUGGUAGAAUACAUUCACCCGUCUCUGGCCGCCGCCGAGUGGAGCCGUCCGUCAGUCAAAGCAGCCUACAUCGCUGGUGCAUUCCUGAGUUUCUGUUCGGUGUACGCUAUAUCCGCGUUGAUGUCCACCGUCACCACGCAAACCUAUCGGAAGCUGCAGACCAAGGAAGUGGUGUUUUGGAACUUAGCGGUGGUUCGUGGGGUGUACGGGCUGUUUUGUAUCGUUUUCGGUACGUGGGCAAUAUUCAUGGACACAGACCUUGUGGGAGAUGUGGUUUUCGCCACCUCUCCGUCCAGCCAUUUCGCCAUGACUACAACCGUGGGUUUCUUCAUAUUUGAGUGCGGGAUGAUCUUGUGGUCAGACAUUUACUUCCGCCAGUUUAAUUUCUUGCUCAACCUGCACCACUGGAUCUCGCUGCUAGCCUACUCACUGCUAAUCUACAUGGGUAGCACCCACUUCUUUGGGACGCGAGGUCUCAUCCUCGAGAUGUCGACGCCAUUCAGCUGCCUGUGCUGGACGUUGCUCAAGGCGGACAUGGCACACACGCUUCUCUGGAAGGCCAACCAGUUCCUCCUUGUCCAUACGUUCCACCUCCGGUCUGUGGCGGAGUGCGCAAUGUGGUACUGGACUUACCAGCACUGGAACCGAAUAUGGGCCGCCAUGCCCCUGGGGAUGUUUGUGUUCCUGUAUACUCAGCUGUCCCUCGUCACGUUCAUCAUGACGCCUUACUGGACGUACAAGAAGACCACACAAAUGAUAAACCCUGUUGACUGGAACUUCGAAGACUCAGUGAAAUAUAAACACCGGAAUGGUGAAAUCAAGCGUGAAUAAAUGUUGACACGUGGCAGGAACAUACGGGUCUCAUCAUGUCGCAUUAGUCUCGUGCAUGGACGUUUAGAUACUCCACUUGGUAUAUUUGUUGUUUGCUGUCAGAAGCUGACCUUUGUUUAUAUGUUGUUUUCUUAAAUUAUUUAGGAACAUGUGAUUCUUUAAACAAUAGGGUAAAAAUAGUUUAAAGUUGUCAAAGUUGAUUAUGUUUUAUAAUUGUCUUAAAGGAAGUUACUAUACAUGUAUAUAUAUAUAUAUAUAUGGUUUCAAAUAUGGCUUGACAGUAUCUCAGUGUUAUUGUUUGGGUCUGUCUUGUUUUAUGUAGAUGUAUUAAUUAUUGCUUUGUUUUACAAGUGGCGCUUAUAAUGAUAUAUACAAGUUGAAGGUUAAAGUUGUAAUACGUAACUUAAUGCUGUUGUUGUAUUUGUUGUUGUAUUUAUUCUUUUUGUAAUACAAAUUUGAUGGUGUCCGAA